CUGCUAUAUAAAGUACCUGGGCAUUUCCUCCACAUAGCAAUAGCAUAGCAGUGCACCACAACUAUGGAGCAUCACUCAGUCCCAAGGUGUAUAGCCUUCUUCCUGCUCACCCUCCUGGCCAGCCUACAUUACACUCAGGCAAAACCUGGUCGUAACUCGAUCCACUCCAUCUUCAGCUUCGGCAACUCGUACGCCGACACUGGCAACUUUGUCAAGCUCGCAGCGCCGGUGCUUCCGAUCAUCCCUUUCAGCAACCUCCCCUACGGGGAGACCUUCUUCGGUCGCCCCACCGGCCGAGCCUCCAAUGGCCGCAUCAUUUUGGAUUUCAUUGCCGAUGAGUUUGGCCUCCCUUUCGUGCCGCCGAUUCUCGGUGGAGAACAUAACUUCACCCAUGGAGCAAACUUUGCCGUCGUCGGCGCUACGGCACUGGAUCUAGCCUACUUCUACGAGCGCAACAUCACGAGUGUGCCCCCUUUCAAGAGCUCCUUGAGCGUGCAGCUUGACUGGUUCCAGAAGCUGAAGCCCACCUUGUGCUCAACACCACAAGGUUGCAGACACUAUUUCAGGAGAUCCCUCUUCUUGAUGGGAGAGUUCGGAGGGAACGACUACACCUUCAUCUUGGCCGCCGGGAAAACCUUGGACCAGGUCGCGUCAUACGUGCCAGAAGUCGUACAAGCCAUCUCAGCAGGCGUUGAGAAGUUAAUCAAGGAAGGAGGCAGGUACGUGGUGGUGCCGGGGCAGCUGCCAAUGGGGUGCCUUCCCAUCGUCCUGACCUUGUACGCCAGCCCGAACAAGAAGCACUACGACCCCCGGACCGGGUGCCUGACAAAAUACAACGCCCUCACGCGCUACCACAACAGACUGCUGUCCAAGGCCAUCUAUCGGCUCCGGAUCAAGUACCCCGCGACCAACAUCAUCUACGGCGACUACUACACGCCGGUGAUGGAGUUUCUCAGGACACCAACAAGAUUCGGGUUUAGUGCUUCGUCGAGGCUCCGCGUGUGCUGCGGCGCCGGCGGGCCGUACAACUACAACUUGACGGCGGCGUGCGGCUUUCCCGGGGCGAGCGCGUGCGCUAACCCCGCCACACGUAUCAACUGGGACGGCAUCCACAUGACGGAGACUGCAUACAUGUACAUCGCCGCCGGUUGGCUCUGGGGCCCUUACGCGCAACCGCCUAUUCUCAAGGCCAUGCCACGAUCUCUGGAUCUCAAGACACCUUCAAUCUUAGAAAUGAACACCUUCGGCUACGCUAGCUCAUGAGUAAUAGCUAGUUGCAACGGACGGCGCAGGUUUCUUCAAGCUCUGUCCUGCGGUAGCAACCUUCAUUCUCCAUGCAUUGCAUGCUACUCUUUCAAUAAACUCCACACUUACUAGCUAAAGUGUGCUUAAUGUAAUAAUUAUGUUGCAUUGGCAUAUUCGCGGCCCAUCGCGGUAUAAAUUAAAGCAGCAUGGUAUAUGUAAAUCCUGAAUUCAU